AUGGCACAGGCGAGUGACGUCGACGACAUGGAACCCCUGCUGCUGACGGCCAAGCUCGACCCCGCCUCCCGGGCCCUGUUCACCGGCCUGCGAACUAAGUACUUCCCUGCCGAGAGAAACUACCUGGAUGCCCACCUGACCUUGUUCCACAAGCUGGAUCGGAGGCAGGAGGCGGCGGUGCGCCGGGACGUGGCCUUUGCCUGCUCCACCAGCUCCCCCAUGGUGAUCCCCGUGCUGGAGCCCGUCUUCCUGGGCAAGGGCGUGGCCCUGCGCACCCCCUCCAAGCCCCUGGACUCCCUGCGCGCCAGGCUGGCCGGGCAGUGGAAGCCGUGGCUCACUCCCCAGGACCGCCAGGGCCAUCGCGCCCACAUCACCAUCCAGAACAAGGUGUCCCCCGAGGAGGCGCGGGGCCUGUUCGACGAGCUGCGGGGCACCUGGCAGCCCCACACCCUGACCGUCCAGGGGUUGGAGCUGCACAUUUACAAGGGCGGGCCUUGGGAGCUCCUGGAAGCCUACGACUUUGGGGCAUGA